GCUAAUGGUUUACAUACUGUUAUAACAAUAAUAGAUAUUAUACAGAAUUUACUGCUAGUUUCUGCAAACUAAUGUCAUGUGGACAGAGUAUAGAAGCCCGAAGUAAUAAUAAGUAUAAGUUCUUUGUGUAACAGAGUCAAUCUUCUUCAGACACUGGAGGGCGCCAAUCACUAAAAUAAUAAUCAUUCACGGAGACUUUUAUUGUGUAAACAGCGUCGUUGCCGUGGCGACACAGGAAACAUAUCCAUGUAAUGAUUAGGAGUCAGUCGUUUUAAAACAGAGAUCUGCUCUUGUCUCGUGUUGAUGAAGUAAUUUCAGGUUAAGUGUCGCUGCGAUGUGUUUAUUGCUCGGAGCAGCUGGAGUCGGAAAAACACUUUUACUGAAGCGACUACAGAAGUUGUGUCAGAUGGGAGCACAGGCGGAUUUGGGUGAAGCGCCUGUCACGCUGUCCACGGUUGGCACCAACCUCACAGACCUCAUCCUCCGGAAGAGGAAGAUAACAGUUCGAGAGCUGGGAGGCUGUAUGGGGCCCAUUUGGCCAAAAUACUUCUCAGAUUGCAGAUGUGUUAUAUUUGUGGUGGACUGUGCCAACAUUGUCCAGAUCUCGUCGUCUUGUGUCCAGCUGCUGUCUGUUCUCUCUGCGGAGCCGCUGCAGUCUGCUGCUGUACUCGUGCUCUUCAACAAGAGGGAUCUUCCUUGCACCAUGUCUCUUGUGGAGCUGAAGGCGUUGUUCAGGAUGGAUGACGUUAUUAAAGCUGCGCCUCAGUCGGUCUCAACACUAGAGAUCAGCGCUCGCUCCGGACAGGGCCUUCAGGAGCUGCUCAGCUGGCUGUUUUCAAACCGCUCUCAUGAUACAGGAUAGAUGAGUGCAGAGAAUAUUAAACCACAGCUCACAGUGAACAAACUUCAGACAAACGUGACGUGAAGAAGAUAGCUUGUGAUGUUCAGUCCUCUCAGUGCUGUGUGAGCUCGGAUCAGUCCCAGACUUUUGAUGACCGUCGUGUCGUUCCAAACCCGUAUGACUUCUGUGCUCUGUUCAACAGUUUAUUAUGAAGUUCAUUUCCACACAAUAAAAGCUCCACUCUAAGCUCUCA